AUGUCUCCAUUUCAACUCCCGGUAUUUCAGCUCCCGCCCAACACGGCCUUUCUCCCGGGUGUGCUUUAUCGCGUGGCCCUCACCCCGGAAAGGGCCGCGUCCUUGCUCCUUCCCUUCCCGGACCUCUCCCAGGUUGAUACCCAACAGGUCAUCUCCUCUUUGAGCGGCCUUCCGCUGGUUCCGUUUACCCCCGAAACCCUCCAGGGCAUCGAUGCUGCGGGAAGCGCCCUCAGAAGUGUCGGUGCGCUUGUGUUGUGUCUUCCACAGACCAAGGUUGGGAGCGUGGCGCGCAUUACCAACGUCCGCUUCGACACCGAAAGCAAUAAUAACGUGGUUGUCUCCUUCCACGCUCUCACCAGAGGCAGCGUCCAGACCUCUGACAACCUCGAGAUCUCCCAGAAAGUUGUGCACAUCUUCCGGGAACACCCCUCCAAGACUGAAAAGGCCUCGGCCAUCGUGACUCGGUUUAACAAGUUGUACAGCGACAUCCAAGAGUUUAUUGCCAAGUAUGACGGGGAGUCUUUGCUCCUGCUUUCACCGUUGGCCACAUCCUUGCACAUUCAAUUCUCCUCCUCCGAAUUUCAACAGGCUUUGAACCGCCUCCAAGGUAUGUACACCAAGGACGCCAACAUUCCAGUGUUGAUGGAUAUUACCGCUGCCGUGAUGCCAAUCCCCUUUGCCGCCAAGUGCGAAAUCCUCGCCUUGACCGACCCGCUCGCCCGGAUCAGGUACGUUUUAAGUAAUGUUAUCGACUACUACAUCGAGUUCUUUUCCACCAUGAACAAGGCGAUUGCGUACGUGGAGGAGUUUAUGGGCCUGGCGACGGAGGUCCAGCGCGCCAAGUUUGUUACCGGGCAGUUGCGAAGCCUCAGAGGGUUGCUUGCCACUAUUGGAAAGGACCAGAAAGAUGGAUUGAAAGCCCCUCAGCUCACGAAAGCCCCCCCAAGAGGCGUCUUGCGAAAGUCUGCUUCACUGUCUCCACCUGAAGACGACGAGUUGAAGCUUAUUGCUGACUUCAUUACCCGUUUACCCCUGAUCUCGUCCAUUUCUGACGACACCAAGCGGGUGUUGGAGGCUGACUUUCGCAAGUUGCAGCGUACGCCUCCACAGCAGUCUGAAUGGCACGUGCUCCGCAGUUUCUUUGACAUUGUCAUUGAUAUGCCGUGGGACAUCACCAGCUACGAGAUUGGAGGUGCCAGGUUACUGGAUUUGGACCUACACGAGGUCAAGCAGCAAUUGGAUAGGGAUUCGUACGGGCUAGAGACCGUCAAGCGGAGAUUGGUCCAAUACCUCGCAGUUGUGAGGUUGCAUGCCCAAAAUGAUGAGAGCACUUCUGCUGGCGGAAAGAAUCCGCCCGCCUUGAGUAAGUCCGUGACCCGGGCCAAGCCCGUGAGAGCCCCGAUUCUUCUCCUCGGUGGCCCGCCCGGGGUUGGUAAAACCUCCCUCGCCAAGUCCCUUGCAACCGCACUCAACCGUCCGUUCCAGCGUAUUUCCCUCGGCGGUAUCCGUGACGAGUCUGAGAUCAGGGGCCACAGACGCACCUACGUUGGCGCCAUGCCCGGGGCUAUUGUCCUGGCACUCCGCCGGGCCCGGUGUAUGGAUCCGGUGAUUCUUCUCGACGAAAUUGACAAAGUGGUUGGCGGUCCUAACGCCGCAGGAAAGGUCCAGGGCGACCCGGCCGCGGCUCUUCUCGAAGUUUUGGAUCCAGAGCAAAACUCCUCCUUCGUCGACCACUACCUCGGCUUCCCGGUGGAUUUAUCGCAGGUUGUAUUCAUCUGCACCGCCAAUGAGCCUCAUGAGCUUUCCAGACCGUUGUUUGACCGUAUGGAAUUUAUCAACCUCCCGGCGUAUGACUACGAGGAGAAGGUUGUGAUCGCGCGCGACUUUUUGCUUCCGAGACAGAUUGAGCGGAAUGGCUUGGGGACCAAGGCUGUGGUGAUGGACGAUGAGGUCUUGAAGAAGAUCACUAUGGACUACACCACCGAAGCGGGAGUGCGUAACUUGGAGAGGACGAUUGGGGCGAUCUGCCGAGCCAAAACGGUGGAGCUCUCUGAGCGAGAGGAUUAUUCUCCAACGGUUUCUCUCGGCGACUUGACCAAGUACAUCGGUUUGCCGACCCAUCCAUCGGAGUUGCAGCGCAGACGGUUUGUGUCGCCACAGGCCAGGGAGUACGGUGUGGUGAAUGGCCUCAGCUACAAUUCCAACGGCUCUGGUGGUGUUCUCGUGUUCGAGGCGAUUGGGCUACCUGCCAAAAGCAGAAGCUUGCACAUGACGGGAAGGUUGGGCGAGGUUUUAACCGAAUCUGCCAACAUUGCCAUGACCUUUGUGCGCUCCAUUCUCCACCGCAAUCUUCUCGGGAUGGAUGCCCCAAAGAUGGAGAACAUUUUGUCCCAGUUUGACGCCACCGAGAUUCACCUACACGUUCCAGAAGGAGGCAUUUCAAAGGAUGGGCCGUCUGCGGGGAUCACCAUGACCCUUGCGUUCCUCUCGCUUGCCAUUCGGAAAGCGGUGCCAACCGAUAUUGCCAUGACGGGUGAGAUCACUCUCCGCGGACAGGUGUUGCCGAUUGGUGGGGUCCGUGAAAAGCUCUUGGGCGCCCACAUGGCCGGGAUGAAGCGUGUGUUGUUGCCUCGGAUUAACAGACGCGAUGUGAUCAAGGAGUACUGUGAAUUGGCCCUUAACCAGGAAGGAGACUCGAACAAGUUUGGCGUUUUCGGAGAUGGGAGUCUCUUGCGCGAGUUGAUCCAGGCCGAGGAAAUGUCUGGAAGCGUUAUUUACGGAAAACCUGAAGCGUGGAUCAAGGAUCGCCUUGGGCUUGAUAUUUGCUAUGUCGAAGAGUUCUGGGAUGUGGUGAGGGCUGUUUGGGGUGGCGAGUUUGUCGGUAAUUCUCACAGAGACGAAAGCAGGUUGUAA